AUGUGUAUAUUUACCACUAAUAUUAUCUAUCUAUCUAUCUAUCUAUCUAUCUAUCUAUCUAUCUAUCUAUCUAUCUAUCUAUCUUUUCUUUGGCUAUCUAUCUAUCUAUCUAUCUAUCUAUCUAUCUAUCUAUCUAUCUAUCUAUCUAUCUAUCUCUGCAUUAUUCAUUUCUUUUCUUUCCUCUCCGUUUUUCAUUUCUUUCUUUCUUUCCUCUUUCCAUUUUUAUUUCCUUCGAAAGAACAGAAAAUACGUUUUAUCUUUAAAUUAUUCUCUUUUACUCUCCAUUUACCUCUACCUUCCUUUAAAUUUCUUUUUAUCUUUAUUUCUUUAAAAUUUAUUUCUUCCUCACCCUCUCCUGUAAUUUUUAUUUCUUUUCUUCUUCUUCCUUUCUUUCCUUUUCGUUUCUUACUUCUUUUCCAUCCUACUUGUCAUUUCAUCUCUCCCGCUCUACUAUUCAUUUCCUUCUCCCUUUUCAUCUCCAAUUUUCAAUUUUCUUUUCUGUAUUUGUCAUUUCAUUUUGAUUUUCUUUCUCUUUUUCUUUCUUUUUUUUUUCAUUUUCAUCCACCUCUUUUUCGUGAUAUUUUUAUUCAUUCAUUUUUCUUUUCCAUUCUUUUAUUUUUCAUUGAUUUUUUUUAUUUCCUUUAUUUCAUGAUUCCUUUUUUUUCUUUCAUCUGA